CCUAAAUAAUAUUUAACGUUUAAAAAUACCUUGUGGGCUUCAUGUUUUGAUUGUAGUCCCCUACGACCUCUUGCGAUUGGAUGAUCCUGCAGGCUGAACAGAAAAAUAUCAAUGUUCGUGUCACCACCAUGGACGCUGAGCUGGAGUUUGCCGUCCUGCCCAGCACCACUGGCAAACAACUCUUCGACCAGAUAGUGAAGACCAUCGGGCUGAGAGAGACCUGGUUCUUUGGCCUACAGUACCAGGACAGCAAAGGCUUCUCUACCUGGCUCAAACUCAACAAGAGGGUGACAGCUCAGGAUGUACGCAGGGAGAACCCUCUGUUGAUAAAGUUCCGGGCCAAGUUCUACCCUGAAGACGUAGCUGAGGAACUGAUCCAAGAGGCCACGCAACGACUUUUCUUCCUGCAGGUGAAGGAAGGCAUCCUGAAUGAUGAUAUCUACUGUCCUCCUGAGACGGCUGUGCUGUUGGCCUCCUACUCUGUUCAGACCAAACAUGGAGACUACAAGAAGGACUACCACUUCCCGGGUUACCUCAGCAGGGACAAGCUGCUUCCCCAGAGGGUUCUGGAGCAGCACAAGCUGAACAAGGAGCAGUGGGAGAAUAGGAUAAAGGUGUGGCAUGAGGAGCACAAGGGAGUGCUGAGGGAGGAUGCCAUGGUGGAGUAUCUGAAGAUAGCUCAGGAUCUAGAGAUGUAUGGAGUCAACUACUUCAGCAUCAAGAACAAGAAGGGUUCAGAGCUGUGGCUGGGGGUAGACGCUCUGGGCCUCAACAUAUACCAGAACACUGACAGGAUGACCCCUAAGAUCGGCUUCCCAUGGAGUGAGAUCAGAAACAUUUCCUUCAACGACAAGAAGUUUGUUAUAAAGCCCAUGGACAAGAAAGCCCCGGAUUUUGUGUUCUACGCCCCUCGUCUACGGAUCAACAAGCGUAUCCUGGCGCUGUGCAUGGGGAACCAUGACCUGUACAUGAGGAGGAGGAAGCCAGACACCAUCGAGGUCCAGCAGAUGAAAGCCCAGGCCCGUGAGGAGAAGACUAAGAGACAGAUGGAGAAAGCUCUGCUCGAGAGCGAGAAGAAGAAGAGGGAGAAUGCGGAGAAGGAGACAGAGAAGAUCGCCAGAGAAACCAUGGAGCUGAUAGGCAGACUGAAACAGAUUGAGGAAGAGACCAAGAAAGCUCAGGAAGAGCUGGAUAAGAGGACUCGCAGGGCCCUGGAGCUGGAGAAAGAGAGGACGUUUGCCCAGGAGGAGGCAGAGCGUCUGGAGAAGGAGCGCAGGGCAGCGGAAGAGACCAAGGCAGCCCUCCUACAGCAGUCAGAGAGCCAGAUGAAGAACCAGGAGAACCUGGCUACUGAUCUGACCUCUAAGAUCUCCCUUCUGGAGGACGUAAAGCAGAAGAAGGACGACGAUACAAAGAGAUGGCAGAAAAGGGACUCUGUGCAGGGGGACCACGACGAGACCGACGAGAGCAGCGCCGAGGCCAGCGCCGAGCUGACAUCACCAGGCAUGGUCAGAGACCGCAGCGAGGAGGGACGCAUGACGGAGGCUCAGAAGAAUGAACGGCUACAGAAACACCUCAAGGCCCUGAGUAGUGAGUUGGCCAGCGCUCGAGACGACAGUAAGAAUACUCCCAAUGACCUGAUCCACGCGGAGAACGUUAAGGCCGGCCGGGACAAGUACAGGACCCUCCGUCAGAUACGACAGGGCAACACCAAGCAACGCAUCGACGAGUUUGAGUCCAUGUGAAGGAUAGAAAUAAUGCGAAUGAGAGAGAAGGUGUGUGUGUGUGCGCGUGUGUGGGAGUGUGGGAGUGAGAGAGAGAGAGAGAGAGAGAGAGAGAACAAGAGUCUGUACUGAAUCUAUGUAUUUAAAUGGGAGUCAUAUAGGCAGGUACAGUGUACUAAGUCAUUAAUGCUUCUCCCUAGUAGUAUGUUGUCCCCUGUGACUAAAGAGUGCCAACUUCAUGGGAUUUGUAGUUUGGUCAAGUAAAAUUCUGUGGACUACAAACUGUAGGCUACUAGUACCACAAUCAAAGUGAGUGAAUCUUGAAAUGAAUCUAUGCAAAAUAAUUAUUAGCUGAUAUAGCAUGAAAAACAUAUUUUUAUGUAUGGAUAGAUUAGUGACAGGAAGGGUAUGGAUAGAUUAGUGAGAGGAAGGGUAUGGAUAGAUUAGUGAC